GAUAUUCUCUUCCUGUCUCCGUCUCUGCAAAUCCAUUAUUUUACCAGCCAAUGUGGCCACUUUGUAACUCGGAGUUCUCCUGGUUAAUACUCUUUAACGUGAAGCUUGUUUGACGUAUUUUGGAGCGACGGAGCUCUUCCACCGGCGGAACAACUCACAUGUGCGCAGAGAGCUGCACAUUCACCGUCUGAGCAGUGCAUCGUUCCGCUUUGUUGACAAGUGGCUUCAGUGGAAAUCUGUUGCAUGUCGCAGGUUGAGGAAGCUAAAGAUGAAAUAACAUCGUGGAUGUGAAUCCUGCGCUUAAGAGGGGGAGACAGAGAGCGGAUGACAGCCAACCAUGAGACUUACCUUCUUAUGGCCAGCACCCAGAAUGACAUGGAGGAUUGGGUGAAGACGAUCCGCAGGGUCAUCUGGGCUCCUUUUGGCGGAGGGAUUUUCGGUCAGAAGUUGGAGGAAACUGUGCGCUAUGAGCGCCGGUUUGGGAACAAGCUGGCCCCUAUGCUGGUGGAGCAGUGUGUGGAUUUCAUCCGGCAGUGGGGCCUGAGGGAGGAGGGCCUCUUCAGGCUGCCCGGACAGGCCAACCUGGUCAAAGAGUUGCAGGACGCCUUCGACUGUGGAGAAAAACCUUCUUUUGAUUGGUGA